AUGUCAUCUGAAACAGCUCAAGUUAGCUCCUUGCCACUUCCACCACUGCAGUAUAUAAAUUUUUACACUGACGAUAAUGUUCGAAGGAAUAGGGCUCCCCUGCCACCACGUCCUAUCCAUGAUUCGUAUCAAAUGUUUGGCCACACAUUCAAUGCUGACGACACAAUUAUCAGAUCCUUGGAAAGUCAGGGUUUCCGUCGUCUUUACCCCAUGCAUUUUGAAAGAAGGAGGGAAUUGAAGAAGCUAAAUCACUCACUGCUGGUGAAUUUCCUUGAUCUCUUAGAUUUAUUAGUACAUUGUCCCGAUUCACCAAAACGAGCUGAGAAAGUAGAAGAUCUCAGUCUUCUGUUUAUUCACAUUCAUCAUCUUCUAAAUGAAUUCAGACCACAUCAGGCUAGAGAAACAUUAAGAGUCAUGAUGGAACUGCAAAAACGUCAAAGAGUGGAAACUGCUAUGAGAUUCCAGAAGCAUUUAGAUAAAGUUCAGGAUAUUUUGCAAAAUGCUCUUCAAAGUUUACCAGAUCAAAAUGAAAUGGAAUCAAACUUCAAGGUGCCGACGGAAAUUUUAGAAGAUUACAAUCAAACUGAUAGUGCUAAUAACGACCCAUGCUAUGAAUUGGAUAGAAUUAUGUGUAAUAUUGUUGAUAAUAUGAGAUAA